CGCAACGGGAAGCCUGGUCUCUCCCCUCUCCCGCGUAAUCUCCCGCCUUCUCUUGGCGGCGUUCCCGGUGCCGCUGGCCGGUUCUCGCCGAAAAGCACCGCUUCCGCCAUCGCGGCCUUGGCUGUGCAGCCAAACCAUUUGUAUUAGAAGAUGGACGGUGUAAACGACAAAAGCGUCGUCGAGUCUGUCCAUAGCAUCGUCUUCAAAGAAUCGGAGUCCCUCGAGGGGAAGUGCGAGAAGAUCGCGGGUUACGAUUUCAACAAUGGCAUCGACUACGGAAUGAUCCUUCGCUCAAUGAGGUUUACCGGAUUUCAGGCCUCGAAUCUUGGUGACGCCAUAGACAUUGUUAAUCGAAUGUUAGAUUGGCGGCUUUCUGAUGAACCCAUAACCGAAGACUGUGACGAUGAACAAAAGGUGUUGUCGUUCAGGGAAUCCGUCAAGUGCAAGGUGUUUCUUGGGUUCACUUCGAAUCUUAUUUCCUCAGGAUUGAGAGAGACUAUUCGGUUUCUUGCCGAGCAUCACUUGGUUGAUGUAUUUGUCACCACUGCUGGUGGAAUUGAGGAGGACCUUAUAAAAUGUCUUGGACCAACAUAUAGAGGCGAGUUUUCUUUACCCGGCGCUUAUUUACGGUCAAGAGGAAUAAACCGGAUCGGUAACCUGAUGGUACCUAAUGAUAACUAUUGCAAAUUUGAAGAUUGGAUAAUGCCUAUUUUUGAUCAAAUGCUGCAAGAACAAACAGAAAAGAAUAUUAUUUGGAGUCCAUCCAAAAUCAUUGCCAGACUUGGUCAAGAAAUAAAUGAUGAGAGUUCGUACCUUUACUGGGCUUACAAGAACGGGAUUCCAGUAUAUUGCCCCGGCUUGACUGAUGGUUCUCUUGGAGACAUGCUAUAUUUUCAUUCAUACAGAAACCCUGGUUUGGUCGUUGACAUAGUGCAAGAUAUAAGAGGCAUGAAUGGAGAGGCAGUCCAUGCCGGCAACAGGAAAGCAGGAAUGGUGAUUCUUGGAGCUGGGUUGCCCAAACAUCAUAUUUGCAAUGCAAUGAUGAUGCGGAAUGGUGCAGAUUUUACUGUUUAUAUCAACACAGGUCAGGAAUUUGAUGGUAGUGAUUCUGGUGCUAGUCCAGAUGAAGCUGUUUCAUGGGGCAAAAUCCGUAGUUCUGCAAAAUCUGUAAAGGUGCAUUGUGAUGCAACCAUUGCCUUUCCAUUGUUGGUAGCUGAGACUUUUGCGAAGAGAGUGAAGAAAGCCUGAGUCCUUAUUGAAGAUUGCUGUCGCAAGAGAUCGGCAUGUGGAAGAGUUGGCCUAUUGUUUACAAGCAGCUGAUGAACCUUGUGUUUUGGAACAAGGUUCUUGACUUCUUGUUCACAUUCUUGCAAACCUACCUUCCUGUAGUUUCAUGCAGAAAAACACUUUUGUAGUCAGCUUAUUUGUAGCGAAUGACAGGUUUCAGUCUCGUGUGCAUGCACUUUUUAUAUUCUCAAUUCCGACGAAUAAUCUAAUAUUGUCUUUUCCUGAUUUGCCA